AUGAAGGGAGGUUUCGCCGUCGCCGCCGUCGCCGCCCUGGCCACCGGUGCCAACGCCAUCAACCACCGUCACGGACAUGAGCUCCUUCACAGGAAGGUCGAGGCCGAGAGCUGUGGAUGCACCACCAUCUACUACACCACCACUGGGGAGGCUACUCUCGUCCCUGCUCCUGCUCCCUCCACCAGCACCAGCUCGUCCUCCAAGCCGGUCACUCCCGUGUCCGUCGCCACCCCUACUCCGGUCCAGCCCUCGACGACGGCGACGCCGACCCCGACGUCGACCUUCAAGCAGCCCGUCCCCACCCCCGAGCAGUACACCUGCCCCACGCCGGGAACGUACACCUUCUCGGCCACGACCGUGACGCUGAGCGAGACGACGACCGUCUGCGGCGCCACCAGCACGCACGUCACCGCCGGCACCCACACCCUCGGAGGCGUCACGACCGUGGUCGAGACGGCCACCACCGUGACCUGCCCCGUCGCCACCACCACCGUGUCUGACGGCGUCGUGACCAGCAUCGUGACCAGCACCGAGUACGUCUGCCCCUCGGCCGGCACCUACACCAUCGCCCCCAUCACCACCACCGUCACCACCGAGGGCGACGUCCAGGUCCCCGUCCCGACCAGCUACGCCCCGGGAACCUACACUGUCCCCGAGCAGGUCGUGACCGUCACCGACACCGACUACGUCACCUACUGCCCCUACAGCACUUCCGAGGCCCCCUCGCCCACCUCCGUCAUCGAGGCCGUGGCCACCUCCGAGCCGGCCCCGUCUGCCGCCGCCACCACCGUCGCCUCCGCCUCGUCCUCCGCCGCCGCCACCACCUCCAGCGCGGCCGCCGGCGGGAUCGAUCUCUCCAUCUCUCUCGGCUCCGGCGGCUCCUCCGGUUCCUCCUCCUCCGCCUCCGCCUCCAGCGCCGCCCCCUCCCCCUCGUCUGGCGGCGGCAGCAGCAGCGGCAGCUUCACCGGCAGCUUCGGCGGAGCCGGCGACCACUACGGUCUCACCUACACCCCCUACGUCGGCGCCACGGGCGAGUGCAAGUCGGCCGAGCAGGUCGACUCCGACAUCCAGACCAUCAAGGCCGACGGCUUCGACGUCGUCCGCGUCUACUCGACCGACUGCGACACGCUCGAGAACGUCGGCAGCGCCUGCAAGAAGCACGGCGUCGACAUGAUCAUCGGCAUCUUCGUCAAGGCCAGUGGCUGCAGCCCCGACACGCCCGAGGUCAAGGAGCAGAUCGACGCCAUCUCCAGCUGGGCCUCCUGGGACCAGGUCAAGCUCUUCGUCGUCGGCAACGAGGCCCUCAUGAACGGCUACUGCACCGCCUCCGAGCUCCGCGAGCUCAUCACCACCGUCAAGUCCGCCUGCUCCGACUACACCGGCCCCUACACCAUCGCCGAGACCCUCGACUCGUGGCUGGAGCCGUCCACGUCGGGCGCCCUCUGCGACGUCGUCGACUUCACCGGCGCCAACAUCCACCCCUUCUUCAACGCCGCCAACUUCGCCUCCCUCGCCGGCACCUUCGUCCAGGGCCAGCUCUCGAUCCUCGACAAGAUCUGCGAUGGCAAGAAGGCCGUCAACCUCGAGUGUGGUUGGCCCACCGGCGGCUCCUGCCUCGGCAGCGCCUGCCCCGGUAAGUCCGAGCAGGCCGAGGCCCUCACCGACAUCCGCAAGAAGGUCGGCGACCGCACCGUCUUCUUCUCCUUCGAGGACGACAAGUGGAAGGCCCCCGGUCCUCAGGGCUGUGAGCAGUUCUGGGGUGUCAACUCCUACUUCUCUAGCCUCCUGUAA